UUCAGUCAACCGUCGAUUGGUUGUUCGGCGCAUAAAUGAUCAGUAUAGCGUACAAUAUCUUUGCCAACGGCGUUCAAAAUGCUGGUCGAACCUCCAAGUAUGCAGACACCAGCGAAAGCUCAUUAUCGCAAGCAAUACCUGGCUGCCGUGAUUGCUGCUUUGGGCGCAUUCUCGAUUGGCACCAUUUUCGGUUGGAGUGCUCCGGUUGAGCUCGGACUGUUGGACCACGAGGAAGCCGGAUUCGAAAUACGAGAAUCUCAAUUUGCCUGGGUGGUUUCGCUGAUGAGCCUGGGAGGUGCAGUCAUAAGCUUACCUGCUGGUCUGAUUGUACCCACAUUGGGUGCCAGGAAUACAUUAUUGUUGUUUGUACUGCCAACGAUGCUCGGUUGGAUUUGCAUCAUAUGGGCGAAUAAUGUGGUAAUGUUGUUGGCAGGUCGUACCCUGACCGGAUUCGGGGCCGGUGCCUUCUGCAUGGUCGUUCCGAUCUACAUAGGAGAAAUCGCUUCCAAGGAGAUCCGGGGAACCGUGGGGAGCUUCUUUCAGCAGAUGAUUAAUUUGGGAAUCGUGGCCACGUACGCUUUGGGGCUGAUUCUGGAUGUGUUUUGGCUCAGCGUUGCCUGCGGAGUUGUGCCGAUUGUGUACGGUGUACUUUUUUUCUUCAUGCCAAACACACCAACGUACUUGGUUCAUCAAGGGCAAGAGUCAAAUGCCAUCGCUGCAAUCAAAUGGUUACGCGGAAUUCACGCUGAUGUCACAACAGAAAUCAACGAAAUACGAAGCCAACAGCAGCGUAAGCCAGCCACCGUUGUCGCCGACGACGACGGCAACGAUAUUGACGGACACGGAAAGUGGCCCAGUUGGAAGCUUUUUCGUCAACCGGCAACGGUUCGAGCGCUAAUCAUCAUGCUCGGUAUUAUGUUCUUCAUGCAGGCUUCAGGUGUGAACGCGGUGCUGUUUUAUUCGACAUCAAUAUUCCAGAAUUUCCACUUUUUCAAUUUUCGGCUACCCUUGUCACACACGAACACCUUCCCUGGAAUACGGACGCAGGCAGCCAAUGCCGUAGUUGAACCGGAACUGGCAACCAUCAUUAUCGGAAGCAUACAAGUCUUCGGAACGCUUCUGUCCUCGCUGGUGGUGGAUCGACUGGGCCGGCGAGUGCUUCUGCUGACGUCGGGCAGCGCCAUGUGCAUCGGUGUUCUAACGCUGGGAGUUUACUUUCUGGUGCUUUCCAACGAUGACCCAAGAAACCAGGUGACGGCUGACGGUGCCAGUAACCAGACCGGGUGGAUUCCCAUAGUGGCUCUGUGCCUGUACGUGACCCUUUUCGCUGUCGGAUUUGGCCCGGUGCCGUGGCUUUUGCUGGGUGAAAUAUUCGCCUCGGAGGUGAAGGGACCGGCCAGUGCUUUGGCAAACAUGACAAGCUUUGCGAUGUCGUUCGUCCUGUCGCUGGUGUUCCCGCUGGUGCGGCAGGCCAUCGGUAGUGGACCGAUGUUUAUAAUUUUCUCCGUCUUUUGCGCUCUGGCGGUGGUGUUUGUUGCGUUAGUUGUACCGGAAACGAAAGGUAAGUCGCUGAAUGAAAUACAGAGUAUGCUGGCAGGUUGACCUGGUGCUUGCACAAUAAAUUGAG